AUGAAGACGCUCGACCUCUCGCGCAAGUCCCUGUGGUCCUGGCGCCAGUCUCCCGACCCGUCCUCGACCUCAUCAGCUCCUCCCCACAAUCUCGACGACGACGAGCGACCACGACUCGGAGGAGGGUGGCGCGUAUGCUCAGCCUUUCCGUCGACCAUCCACCAGGAGCUCCAGGCGGCGGCCCUCAUUCCCGACCUCGCCCUCGGGCGCAACGAGGAGAAGAUGCAGUGGGUCGGCGAGAGCGACUGGCUGUACCGGUGCUCGUUCGAGGUCGACAAGCUCCCCGAGGCGGGCUCGCAGGCGGCCGACCUCAUCUUUGAAGGGCUCGACACGUUCUGCACCGUCUUUCUGAACGGCAUCAAGAUCAUCCAGGCGCAGAACAUGUUCGUCUCGCAGCGCGUCUCGGUCCUGUCCUCGCUCCAGCGCGGCACCAACACCCUGUACCUCGUCUUCCACUCGGCUUUUCGUCGCGGGCGCGAGCUCGAGGAGCGCGCCCUGGGUCGCGCGGCGCACUGGCCGUGCUGGAACGGCGACAAGAGCCGGCUGUUCGUGCGCAAGGCCGGGUUUGGCUACGGCUGGGACUGGGGCCCGGUCGUCAUGACGGCGGGACCGUACAAGCCCGUCACGCUCGAGGUGUACCGCAGCAGGAUCGUCGACUUUUGGCCUCGCGCUCAAGUUUCCGACACGCUCGAGGCGACCCUGUCGUUGAGCUGGACGACCUCGGACGCCGUCGACAACCUCGCCGCCAUCGCUCGACUCGUCUCGCCCCGAGGCGUCUCGAUCCGCAAGACGAGCUUCGAGGGCGCAUCGGUCGCCAAGCACGUGUGGCGCCUGGACGAGGACGAGCUUGAGCUGUGGUGGACGUCAGGACUCGGCGAGCAGCCGCUGUACACGGUCGAGGUGGACCUCGUCGACAUGCAUUCCGGCUCGGUCCUGCACUCGGUGUCGCGCAAGGUCGGGUUCCGCCGUCUUCAAGUCGUUCGCUCGCCGCUCGACGACCCAGACGAGCCGGGCCGCACGUUCCUGUUCGAGCUCAACAACGUCCCGCUCUUCGUCGGCGGCAGCAACUGGAUCCCGAUCGACUCGAUCUUGACGACGGCGAGCGAGGAGCGGUACCGCCGGUGGCUUGAGCUCGCGAGGGACGGCGGGCACAACAUGGUGCGGGUCUGGGGCGGCGGCAUCUACGAGACGGACAGCUUCUACGAUACCUGCGAUGAGCUUGGCCUCCUCGUCUGGCAGGACCUCGCUUUCGCUUGCGGCAGCUACCCGGCCCACCUGCCCGAAUUUCGGGCCACCGUCGAGGAGGAGGUGACGCAGGCCGUCAAGCGGCUUCGGAGCCACGCCUGCCUCGCCAUCAUCGCCGGCAACAACGAGGACUACCAGAUCGCCGAGGCCGAGAAGCUCGAGUACGACCCAGAAGACAAGGACGGUGACUGGCUCCGCACCAACUUUCCCGCACGCGAGCUGUACGAGCGCAUCUUCCCCAAGAUCGUCAACGAGCAUGUCGACGUCUUCUUCUGGCCUGGCUCCCCGUGGGGCGGCAGCACGACGCGGGACUUGACCGAGGGCGACGUCCACGUGUGGGACGUUUGGCAUGGCGAGCAGAAGCCGUACCAGGACUACCACUCUCUCGGCGGGCGUUUCGUCAGCGAGUUCGGUAUGGAGGCUGCACCCGACAUCCGCACCAUCGACUACUUCCUCGACGGCGACGCCUCGCAGCGCUACCCGCAGUCGCGCACGAUGGCGGCCCACAACAAGGCCGACGGCUUCGAGCGCCGACUCGCCCUGUACGUCACCGAGAACAUUCGCGCCGGCACGUCCGUCGAGGACUACGUCUACGCGACCCAGUUCGUCCAGGCCGAGGCGAUGCAGAGCGCGUACGGCGGCUGGCGGCGCAAGUUCACGGGCGGCGUCGGCGGCGCCAAGUGUGCGGGCGCGCUCGUGUGGCAGCUCAACGACGUGUGGCCUACGACCAGCUGGGCGAUCGUCGACUACUUCCUGCGACCCAAACCCGCCUACUUCACGAUCAAGCGCGCCAUGGCUCCUCUCGCUCUCGGCGCCCGUCGACGCAGCGCACGACGGUACCCCGACCGCUUCUCGGCCGCCAAGUACGUCGACACGACCUUUGUCGACCUGUGGGCCAGCAGCUCGCACUUGAGCGCCCGUCGCGUCAUCCUCGAGGUCGAGGCGUUCGAGCUCGAGUCGGGCAAGAAGGUGCAUCACGAGCGGCGCGAGGUCGAGCUGCUCGAGAAUCGGUCGAUCGAGCUCGAGACGCUCGAGGUGCCCAGUGCGUGGGAGGAGAAGAGCGUCGUCGUCGUUGCAGCGAGGCUUCGUGACUCGACGAGCGGCGAGGUGCUCGCCAGAGUGUCCGUGUACCCCGAACCCUUCGAGUUCCUCGCCUUCCCCUCGCCCUCGCACACCAACCUGCAUGUCUCGCUGCGCCGCUCUCGCCGCUCGAGCCCGACCGGCAAGAUCAGCAUCACGGCCGACCGCCCGGUCAAGGGCCUCGUCCUCCACCUCAGCACCGACGCGAAGCUCAGCGACAACUUCCUCGACAUCGUCCCUGGCGACGAGCAGGUCGUCCAUGUCGACGGGCUCGAGAAGGAGACGAAGCUCGAGUGGAGGUAUCUCGGCGAUGAGCAUGGCCCGUAGACAUUUUGAUCUAGCUAUGGCUGCAUUGCGACUUCUGUUCAUGCCCUCCUCCUUGUGCUACGCCAACUCGCGCGCGAGCGACUUGAUCCGACCCUCGGGCAGACGCUGCGCUGCGUCCCUCGCCGCCGCCUUGUACCGCUGCGUCGCC